CCUUUUCCGGCUUUUUUUCUUCCUAGGUUUAUAGAGAAAAAAACGACAGCUGACUUCACGACCCUAUAAAACCAGUGAGAUUGUGGUUUGUUCUCCAACUUCCCGCUCAGAAAUUAACACAAACAUCUUGUGUACGACAGAGGAAGUUAAAGAGUUGAAGAGAAAAUGAAGUACGUGUUAGUGACAGGAGGUGUUGUGAGUGGGCUGGGCAAAGGUGUUACAGCCAGCAGUAUAGGCGUCGUGCUCAAAGGCUGUGGCCUUCGCGUCACCUCCAUCAAAAUCGAUCCAUACUUAAACACCGAUGCUGGUACCAUGUCUCCAUUUGAACACGGGGAAGUUUUUGUUCUUGAUGAUGGUGGAGAGGUUGAUUUAGACCUGGGUAAUUAUGAGCGUUUCCUAGAUGUGACGCUUACAAGAGAGAACAACAUUACCACUGGGAAAAUAUAUAAGUCUGUCCUUGAGAAGGAACGGAGAGGUGAUUAUCUUGGAAAGACUGUUCAGGUGGUUCCACAUAUCACAGAUGCCAUCAAGGAUUGGAUAGAAUCAGUUGCUGCCAUUCCUGUUGAUGGAAAGGAUGCACCUGCAGAUGUUUGUGUGAUAGAAUUGGGAGGGACUGUGGGUGACAUUGAAUCAAUGCCAUUCAUAGAGGCUCUCCGACAAUUGUCGUUUUCUGUUGGACAGGAUAACUUCUGUCUUAUUCAUGUGAGCUUAAUACCAGUAAUUGGUGUGGUUGGAGAGCAAAAAACAAAACCUACACAACAUAGUGUCCGGGAAUUGAGAGCAUUAGGACUAACUCCUCAUCUAUUAGCCUGUCGCUCGGCUCAGCCUUUAUUGGAGAAUACCAAGGAUAAACUUUCUCGGUUUUGUCAUGUUCCAGCUGGUAAUAUUCUUAAUAUCCAUGAUGUUCCAAACAUUUGGCACAUUCCUCUCUUACUUAGGAAUCAAAAUGCACAUACUACAAUUCUCAAACAGCUAGACUUGCUCAGCAUUGCUACACCUCCUCAUUUACAAGAAUGGACUGAGAUGGCGGAGACUUAUGAUAACCUUACCAAUUCAGUUAGUGUUGUUGUUAGGAUUGCCAUGGUGGGGAAGUAUGUUGGUCUUCCAGAUUCAUAUCUGUCUGUUGUGAAGGCCCUUCUGCAUGCUUGUAUAGCUUGUUCUCUAAAGCCAUCAAUUGACUGGAUUGCAGCUUCUGAUCUGGAAGAUGAUAGUGCCACAUCGACACCAGAAGCACAUGCCUCUGCUUGGGAAACUUUGAGGAAUGCAGCAUGUGUCUUGGUUCCUGGUGGGUUUGGAGAUCGCGGUGUAGGAGGUAUGAUAUUGGCUGCAAAGUAUGCCAGAGAGAACAAGGUUCCUUAUCUUGGGAUUUGCUUGGGCAUGCAGAUUUCUGUGAUUGAGUUUGCUAGAUCUGUUUUGGGCUUGGAAAGGGCAGAUAGUACUGAGUUCGAUGGAGCAACACCUAACCCUGUUGUAAUAUUCAUGCCUGAGGGUUCAAGAACACAUAUGGGUAGCACAAUGAGACUAGGAUCUCGAAGAACGCUCUUCCAGACGCCUGAUUGUGUUACUUCAAAGUUGUAUGAAAAUUCAGAGUAUGUGGAUGAACGGCAUCGACACAGAUAUGAGGUAAACCCGGAUGUUAUUGGACAACUUGAAGAUGCUGGCCUAAAAUUUGUGGGAACGGAUGAAAGUGGAAAACGAAUGGAGAUUUUGGAGCUUCCAGGCCAUCCAUAUUAUGUAGGAGUGCAAUUUCAUCCAGAAUUUAAGUCGCGACCAGGGAGGCCCUCAGCUCUAUUCUUAGGUCUUAUACUGGCAGCAACAGGGAAGUUGGAAUCAUAUCUCAACAGGCAUCAAAAUGGAAGUAAAUAGCAUCUCUGUCUAUCCCUUAGGAAUUAGCAUAUUCUUUAUAGGGUAGACCAUAAGAAGAUAAAAUGUUGGGAAGAACUCGGAUAAUUUUGUGUGAGGAAUUUUGCUUUUUGCUUUGUUCAACCUUCAAUGAACAGAUACGGGAGCCGAUGCAUAAUGGAGGGUUAAUAUACGGGGUUUACAAAGUAGACCCCUAAUUUGGAACUAAUUUCUUCAUCUGCUUUAUAAGCUUUACUCUGAUUCUGUCUUGUAGAAAAGUUCACGGUCAACAACAUUAAGUUCUUUAUCUGGUUAUUUUUCAUGCUUUUGGAGUGACUACAGAGAGUUGUUGUCAUUUAAUUUCUUUUAUUUAUUUAUUAUUUUUAAGUA